AUGUGUAAUAUUUCCUUCAUACUGGAUGGAUAUAGAGGAAUAUAUGACCAAAGAUAUAUUUUCAUUGUCGUGAUGGGUUUAUUUUAUCCUAUUAUGAUUGUUGCUAACAUGUUAAUCAUUUACAUUAUAUGUGUUGAGAGGAGUCUUCACAAGCCAAUGUAUAUCUUCAUAUGUAACUUGGCAUGCAUUAACUUAUAUGGUGGUUCAGGUUUAACGCCAUUUAUCUUGACUAACAUUGUUAAUGAGAAACAUGUGAUAACGUGGACAGCUUGUUUAAUUCAGAUUUUCUCUCUGCACACUUAUGGUGGAUGUGAAAUAACAAAUUUAAUGGUUAUGGCAUAUGAUCGGUAUAUUUCUAUUUGUUUUCCACUUACCUAUGAAAAAACUAUGACCUCUUCAAAAGUGACGAUUUGUAUUGCACUGACAUGGUUGGUGCCAAUUGUUAGAUGCACCAUCACUCUCAACAUAACAGCAAAUCUGGAAAUGUGUGGAACCAUCAUUGAAAAGGUUUAUUGUGAUAACUACUCAGUUGUCAAGUUGGCAUGCUCCUAUUCAUUAGUGAAUAACAUAUACAGUGCUACUGUGACUGUCCUGGCUGUAGUGCUUCCAUUUUUCAUUAUUUUUUACUCUUAUAUAAGAAUAAUAGUAAUCAGUCUAAAACUGUCUAAAAGCAGACAAGCUAAAGUCAUGAAUACGUGCACUCCACACCUUGUUGCAAUGUCCAAUUUUACAAUUGGUUGUUGUUUUGAACUUUACCAAAGCAGAUUUGACAUGAGUCAUCUGCCAUACUCAGUUCGUGUUUUUCUUUCUCUUUAUUUCCUGAUCCUGUCACCUCUUGUGAAUCCACUUGUAUACGGCAUCAGAACUAAAAAAAUUAAUGAAGCCAUGAGGAAAAGAAUUAGUCAUAUUAUACAUUAA